AAAUAAAUAAAUGCAAUUGGCUGCUUAGUUGAUUGGGAACAGGGGAAACCUUCCCUUCUUCCUAAGAAAUGCUCAGUAUGGAGUCCUUGGUGGUUUCCAAUAUUUUCUGUCAAAAGCACACACAUAGGGCACACUGGGGUUGGGGUUGCUUUAGCGUGGGGAACAAACAAAACUUAGCUGUUGUUUCUGAUAUUCCAGCUGGUGGAGAGUCUGUCCUGUGGAUUGCUCACAUGACACCAUAUAGACAUGAAUUGGAAAAGGGCUGGAAUCCUGUUUUCCUCUUACCCCACCAGGCCAUUCUCUCCACCCGGCUUUGCUGCUCUUAUGCAAUUUUCCUUGUUGUCCAUGCUAAAUGAAUCCAUAUGUUUUAUCUCUUCUCAAUCCUGGGUGUAAAUGAGGGAGAAAACACGGUUUUGAGAACAGAAAAGAAAAAGAUUCCUGGUCUGGCCCGUGGAUGGGACUUUGGGGACUGGCAUUGGAAGAGGUGAUUAUCACUGACAUGGAGGCGUGAUCAGCCCCACACUGGACCCAUCAGAAGGGAAAGCUAGGAACCCAGCUCUCUUGGAACUUCCGAUUUUGUUUACCAUCAAACCUUGGACCAUGGGGGAAAUGUGAAAGAGGGCUGGUGACUGGUUUGAGUCUAGACAGUGAAAAAAUAAAUUGUGCAUCCAUCCCCUUUCCCCCAAACCUCCCUUUUGUGCCCCAGUUUGAUGAUUAAUGGACCAGCAUUUCCCUUCCAAGCGGGAAGGCCACCCCUCACAGUUGCCAUGGCAAUGCAGACCGCUCCCCGUCAAUUAAAAAAAAUCCCUACUACUUCUCUCUUCCUUGCUUCUGCUAUAGCGGAAGACAAGCUACCUCAGAAUGCAUUUCCUGGGCUCUCUCCUCAGCUGCUCAGGCUGUUUUGCUGUGCAUCCUAGAGCACAGUCCUUCUUUUUCUGGGGUUUGUCUGAGUUUCAUUACCUUGAGCCAGUUGUGCCCCUCUUGGAUCCAGCAGCCCCUGGAACAUGUCUGUGAAGAAGCAGAGAAAAUUACUGUUUUUUUAUUCAUCCGUAAUGCAAGUUAAAAGCCAGAAUGAGCCUUCAUCUUUCUUUUGUUUCGGGGUUAAAAAAAAAAAUUCCUCCACACCACGUCUAGUAUGUAGAGGUAUAAGUCGGGGACCCUUUUGACAUCCUUAAAGGCAGUUUCAGUAAACCUGGAAGGAAUUCAACUUCCCAAAAUACAUACUUCACAUUGAAGUUGUAUGGGGAUUUUCAAUUUAUUGAUUUUCAUCUCUCCCCACCUCUCUGUCCUAGCAUUCAGGAGGACUUGUGUGUUUUCAUUUUAUCUGUCCUUAUUCCUCUUGGCCUUAUUCCGGCAACAUCUGGCCUCCGCGCCCUGUCGCAAGUUCUCCAUUGCCUUGGCCAUGCCAGCUUCCAGGAUACAGCCCAGCUCUGGCCUCUCAUUCAGGAGGGGGCCCAGGCUGCCCCAGAUCGAAAGUACUCCAUGACACACACGCGGAGGAAGUCCCUUCCCAUGCUGAGUUCGGGCCCCACUGGCCGCCGGGAGCCCCUGCAGAUGGAAGGCAGCAAUAUGGAGCAGGGGGCGGAGAGUGUGGAAGCAGGCAUGCCCGAGAGCCCAGGGCACCUCACAGGGCGCCGCAAGAACUACCCACUUCGUAAGCGCCCAUUAGUUCCUGAGAAGCCUAAGGCCUGCAAAGUGCUGUUGACCCGCCUGGAGAAUGUGGCUGGUCCACGGAGUGCAGAUGAGGCUGAUGAGCUGCCCCCUGACCUGCCCAAGCCCCCCAGCCCAGCCCCAUCCAGUGAGGACACUGCCCUUGCCCAGCCCCGCAAGAGGCGCCUAGCCUCCCUCAAUGCGGAGGCCCUCAAUAACCUGCUGCUGGAGCGGGAGGAUGCCAGCAGCCUGGCCGGCACUCGUCGCAGUCGAGGGGGAGACCCUCACCGCAGUCGGGACCGUGACCGGGCCAGUGGGGGCUGGUCCUCUUCCAAGAAGCGGCCCCGGCUAGAGGACCUCGGAGGGGGAAGUCGGGACCUGUCCCCAGAGCCAGCACCUGAGGAGGGUGCUCGUCGAGAUGGUGACCCAGCUCCCAAGAGAUUGGCCAGCCUGAAUGCAGCUGCCUUCCUAAAGCUGAGCCAGGAGCGGGAGCUACCCUUGAGGCCGCCUCGUGCCCACCCAGAAGCAGAUGGGCGCUCCACAGAGCCACCAGCACUGAGGGUUCCGAGGCCAAAGUGGGCUAAAGUCAAUGGCAAGAACUAUCCCAAGGCCCGGCAGGGGCUUGGCUCUGGGGAGGCCGUAGGUCCACCCGGCUGGCAAAAGCACCCCGAGGAGCCGUGGCCAUCUGCCACCCCUCGUGGGCCAGCCAGCCAGCCACCUUACCAGCCCCUGAGCAAGGCUCUGGAGAGCCCCUUGGGGCUGCGCCCCCACCUGCCCCUGCUGAUGGGUGGGCAGGCAGCCUUGAAGCCGGAGCCUGGGCGCCCAGGCGAGGAGUCACCUGCCCCCAAGCAGGAACUGCACCAGCCUUCUUUCCCUGCACCCCAGCUGUCCCCCCUACCGAUGCCUGGCAACCCUGCCCACUACAGUGGCCUGUGUGGUAGGCCUGAGCUCCCUGCACUAGGCAGCUUCUACCUGUACUGCAGCCAAGAUGGGCUGCAGUGUGGAGGCUACUCCCCCUGCCCCAUGCUUCCUGAGGGCAAGUUGUCCCCAGUGGCUGCACCUAACGAGGGGCUCCUCUUGGCACCGAGCUCAGUGCCCGCGGGCACCCCUUUCCAACACCCUCCCUGGGGCUCUCGCUACUGCUUUAGCGAGGAUACUGGAGUGAAUGGCUACAGCAUCUGUGAAAUGUUGCCCCCGUCUCUUACCCAUAUUGGCACCACCUGUGGCGGCUGCCCCUACAAAAUGCCUUUUGCAGCAGAAGGCUGCAGGUCCCUAGGCCAGCUGGAAUUUCCUCUCCCGGAAGCCGGCCACCCUGCCUCACCUGCCCACCCCCUCCUGGGAUGCCCUGUGCCCAGUGUGCCACCUGCAGCGGAGCCCGUCCCUCAUCUUCAGACACCCACCUCGGAGCCCCAGACGGUAGCCCGUGCGUGCCCUCAGAGUGCCAAGCCUCCUAGCGGCUCCAAGUCAGGUCUGCGCACGGGCUCCAGCUGUAGGCACACUGCGAGAAGCAAGGCUGCCUGCAGGCCCAGCCACCCCAAGCAACCGCGCGUCCAGCGCCCACGCCCACGCCGCCGCCGCCGCCGCCGCACUAACGGCUGGGUUCCCGUUGGGGCUGCCUGUGAGAAGGCGGUCUAUGUCUUGGAUGAACCAGAACCAGCCAUCCGAAAGAGCUACCAGGCAGUGGAGCGGCACGGAGAGACCAUCCGGGUCCGGGACACUGUCCUCCUCAAGUCAGGCCCACGAAAGACAUCCACACCUUAUGUGGCCAAGAUCUCUGCCCUCUGGGAGAACCCUGAAUCAGGAGAGCUGAUGAUGAGCCUCUUGUGGUAUUACAGACCAGAGCACUUACAGGGAGGCCGCAGUCCCAGCAUGCACGAGCCUUUGCAGAAUGAAGUCUUUGCAUCGAGACAUCAGGACCAGAACAGUGUGGCGUGCAUCGAGGAGAAGUGCUACGUGCUGACCUUUGCUGAGUACUGCAGAUUCUGUGCCAUGGCCAAGCGUCGAGGCGAGGGCCUCCCCAGCCGAAAGACAGCACUGGUGCCCCCCUCUGCGGACUACUCCACCCCGCCACACCGCACAGUGCCCGAGGACACGGACCCUGAGCUGGUGUUUCUUUGCCGCCAUGUCUAUGACUUCCGCCAUGGCCGCAUCCUCAAGAACCCUCAGUAGCCUCCUCAGGCUCACACUGAGGCUGCCCACGGGCAAGUGGGGCUCGGGGCAGGGGGUACUGCUUGAAGCACAGCACUUGGUUAAGGGGCCACAGGGACCUGAAGUUGCUGGCCUGUGGUUCUCUUGGGGGGGAGGGCAGGGAUCCCUAUGGGUACUGGGCCCUUGGGAGGGAAGGGGAGGCCAGGGUAUAGGGAAAGCAUCACAGCCCUCAGCUUGGCCCAGGGUACCUCUCUAUGGUUGCCUGGGUGGAGACUUGAAGAAGCAGUCUUCCCUGAGACUGGGCCAAGCCUGAGGGGCAUGGGGCCCUGGGGGAGGGGAGAGUCUUUCAGGAACAAGGCCCACUAGGCUCUUUAGCCUCCCCUGGGCCCUUCAAGAGGGAGUGGGAGCCAGCUUUACCUCACCCACUGUGACCCGCUGCUUCCCCAUCAGCCUGGGACCAGGCUCUCCCAGAUUUUAGCACAGCUCCGAGUUCCUUCCUUUGAGGCAUAGAGAGCCAGAGUCUGGCUUCCAGAGCACGGACUUGCUUUUUCUAGACUCGGGGCCUUUCCCUGGCUUCCUCCUUUGCCCCUGCAGUAGCCCCUGGUGCUGGGACAAGUUACCCAGUGCACAUAGUCAUGGGUGUGGCCCACUUGUGGGAGUCAGCUUCCUGUCUGCCUCCUGGUGAGGGCCACCCAGCAGGUCUGGCUUCCCAGAAGCUAACUGGUCAACAUGAGGUUUAUCAUGUCUGGGAGGGCAGAAGGGAGCUGGGAGGGGGUGGGGGGCAGGGGGCAAGGAAAAUUGCUACCUGAUUUAUUGAAGACUUUUCCUCUUGCCUUACACUUGGAGGUUCUAGGAAACCUCUUGCAGAACUUCAUACAUGACUCUUCAAGCCACACCCACCUGAAAUCAAACCAAAGGAGUGCUGUGGCUCCCCUUGCCCUGCUACCCCUUACCCUAGUCUUUUGUAGAUUGCACUAAUUUACAUCCCUGCGAGAAUCAACACUGUAUCAGUCCACAGACCUGCUGAGCUGCAGCCACUCACUCUAGGAGCUAAGGACCUGCAUUUUCAGUUUGUUCCUGUUGCCCAGGGGCCCCGUUCUCACCUCAUGCUGCUCCCCAGAGUAGAUUAGAGGCUGAGCCCCCUCUUGUCCUAGUCAGGACUAGGCCCUGGCCCUGGGGCUGUCUGUGAGGGGGCUGAAGCAGCCUGGUUCUUUCCUGUUUGUACCAAAGAGGAGCAUGGUGGGGAGGGGAGCACAGUGUGGCUUGGGCCCUGCUUAUGAGCACUUACACAGGGCACACCCCUGGGGGUAGGAGCCAAGGAGGGCAGCACUCCCUCUUCUCCCCUAGGAAGGGGCAGGCACAGACCCGGCAUGUAAGGAGGUGACACUGGGUGAGGACAGUCAAGCUGGGUCUAGAGAGGGAGGUGGAAGCAAAUCCUGUGGGCGCUCCCAGCCUUGUGCUGUAGGCUGCUCCCAGUUGGUCCCUGGGCUUAGGGGGGCCCCGGAGGCUUCAGAGGUGAAUUUCCAUACAGAAAGCCCAAUCCCAAACCUGAAGGGAAGGGGCUAGGGUGCCCUUGUACUGAAUAAGCUGUCAGGAGGAAGGCGUGGGGCAGUAAGAGAGGUUGGCAGAGUGGCCAUGGGGCCUUUGGAGAGCCAGCCUUGGAGCCUGCUCAUCCCCAGGGUGCUUGGCCCUUGCUGCUGAGGAGCCCAGCCUCACCUAGCAGGAAAGGAGAUCAAGGCCCCUCCUCCCAGGAGGCAGGGUCUGCUGCCCAGAACUUAAAUGCUUUUGAAAUCUCUUAGAUGUCGAAAUAUUUUUUCGAACCUGAAAAUGCAGCUGGUAGAAUUUCAAUGGAAGCAUAAUUCAUGUAAAAUAUAUUUUAGUUGAUAUUUUGUAAAAUGCACUUUUUGUGUGUGUCGACCCUGGUUUCUCAGAUCUGUAUUUCAGUGUUUACAAGGGAGGGAGGACCUUUCCUCACCUCCCUUUUGACAGAGAUUAGAAGUACUUCUUUAAGAAAAAAAUAAAUUUGAAAAAUUGUAUUGAUUUAGAAAAGGA